AUGAGUUCGCAUGGAUGUGUUCGUCCGCCAGUUUACGUACGUGAUUGUAUAAUUCGAAACGAUUCUGAUGAUCAUGUUCAAAUUCGAUUGGUUUAUGAAUCGUCUCCCGAAGACAACAACGUUACAUCACACAGUACAGUUCAUCUCGGUCAAGGUCAAACCCAUCAAGCUGAUGAGAAGACGGUUGAUCGUGGUACGUGGAGCGAAGUUCGUCCUCUUCAACGUAUUGAAGUAACUCGAUCCGACGGUCAAACAAUGCACUUAGCAGCACCUUUCGAAGGCGUCAAAACUGUUGUUCGUAACUGGCUUUUUGUGAUCGAAAAUGGACAAAUCAAGUCAGCAGGUCAAAGCGGCUAG